CGAUACAGCGGUAUUAGUUGGGUAGAUAUCGGGUAUAUAUUCAGUGCGGUAAGCGUAGCUGAUCAAAGAACACUAAGCAAAUGCUUAUAUAGAUCGCAAAAAUUCCAACGUGUAUUUAAUAUAUUGUAUUUGGGAUAGAUAAAUUAUUCAGAAUGCCGGGUACAAAGCGUAAAGCCUCGUUUGCAUUUCCAUAUGAGCGGCCAAACAAGAUUACCAAAAGGACUAGCAGCACGACAGUUUCGAGAACAUUAAGUACGGUCACCAAAACGACUUCCGUUGUUAAACCACCAUUAAAAAUGCCAAAGUUUCCAUCGCUACGAGCAAGCAAAAUGGAUAAUAUUACUAAGGUGUCUGCAUCCGCUCCUGUGUCAGACGUUGGCGGGUCACCAACUCCGCCAGCCCUCCGUCGUGCCUCCACAUUGACUUUAGAAGACGACAGUGCAAGAGAUUCAGCUAAAACUGCAUUAACAAAACGAAAGUCAUCCGCAUCUAAACCAGUAUCCCUUUCUAAGAAAUCAAGCAGCUUUGUAGAAGAGGGUGCUCUCGUAACAAAGUUAUCAGGACUUCGCUCUGGUUCUAUCAUUGGAGAAACAUCUUUAGCUGCAUCAACGUCAGUGACUAGAAUACCAAGUAUAUCUAAGUCAUUGUCUCGAAAGUCAUCAAGUGUUAAAUCUACUGAUAGCUCAUCUAGAAUACCAUCACUGCCAAGCGGUUUAACCAAACUUGCACUACCAAAAAGGGGUUCCAAAAGCGGAAGUCUUCAUAUUUCUAAAUCGGCCCUGGUAUCAGAUAUUGACGAGACGGAAAUGAGUUCAGCCCUGGAUAGUUUAAAAACUCACCUUUCUAAAGAAGGGUCGACGAAACGCUCCAUGUCAAAGUCUGCAUCCGUACGGUCAACAUCCUCAGUAAAGAAAACCACUGAAUCAGAUAAAGGAGAAGAUAUGGACACUACAACGGCUGGUCCUUCUUCAGAUGGAUUAAUGGAGGUUGCAAUCUCGUUUGAUACAACUGGUUCUAUGUACGGCUGUCUGGAGGAAGUUAGAGCUAAAGUACAAGAUCUUAUUCAACGUUUGCAGACAGAUAUUCCAGGGAUUCGUGUUGCCGUUAUUGCACAUGGUGAUUACUGUGAUGAAUCUAACUAUGUCAUUAAGUGGAUAGACUUUGGCGCCUCUUUGCCAGAAAUAUGCGACUUUGUGAAAAGCGUUGGUCGUACUGGAGGAGGAGAUGGUCCAGAAUGUUACGAGCUCGUGCUACAAAGAUCACGUGAGGUAUUGUCGUGGACAGAUGGUAGUAAACGCAUACUAGUUAUGAUCAGUGAUGACGUUCCACAUGGGCCUGGAUACACUUAUGGUGGUAAAACGUAUUAUAUCAACUGGAGGGAUGAAUGUGCAGCUCUCAAAGAAAUGGGUGUGAAGGUAUAUGGAGUUCAAGCAGGAUAUGGAGGCACAGCAGCAACACACUUCAACGAUGAGAUGGCUAGGAUUACCGGAGGAAAGCGAUUGAGUUUAAAGAACUUCAGUUGCAUAUUUGACGUGCUGAUGAUGAUAUGUUACCGUGAAGGAAAUCCGGAAAUGCUUGCGGUUUACGAACAGGAAAUUAUAGACAGAGGAGAACGCAUGGCAGACGACAUUACCUCACUUAAGAAAACAUUCGAUAUGGCUUCUAAGCGACUGCACCUAUAACUCAUACAAUGCCGCUGUUUGGUACAGCUACAACGCCGCUGUUUGGUACAGCGACUGCUCCGAUAACUUUUACAAUGCCGCUGUUUGGUACAGGUGGUAUAAUAGGGACAGCUGCAGCAAAACGUGCCGCUAAAACUGUAAAACCGAGAACUGGAAAGAAAAACAAGGCCAAGGUCGGGAAGAUGACAAGUCCAAAGAAAGAAACAAAGAAAACAAAUAAAACUAUGACUGUUAAAAAGAGGGAAAAACUCCCAGACUCUUGUAUGAAUAAAGACGCGUUGAAAAAUUUCACGUGGUCGAAAUGGAUAUGUGCAGUAGAACCGAAAAUGCCAACUAGCAAACGGAAAUCCAAAUUUGUGAAGCUACGAACAAAUCAAGGAUAUGGACCAAAAACAAUAUUCGAUGGUAAUAUGAAGGUUCCCGCCAUUUAUGAGGUUGCAGUGCAGAUGCCAGGUUCGCAGAAGAAGUACGUAGUCUAUUUCCGGAUGUCAAAAGGGGGAUUUAAACGCAGUGGACAUUGGUCAACAAACUUAUUACGUCAUAAGAAAGUGCGACUAGAGGUUAACAAUGUAUUAAAUCAGGGAUGUUCCAUAUACAUCAGAAGGGGUACAACCAAUGCAAAUACCACGGAUGAAAUUAUAAGACAGAUGAGGACAGCGGCAAUAUCAUUUAGAGAUAAUUAUGAUUAUGCAUGGAUAAAAUACAUAUGGCGGCGAAGUAGAGACAGCGAGGGGAAAUUUAAGCUGAAUCACAGGCUUCUAAAGUUUACAAGGAAGGGAAAAACCUUUACGCUUUCAGACAAUAGCAUUUAAACUAAUUUCAUAUCAAUAAUUUGAGAUUCGCUUUGUCUGGUAAAUAUUUGCAUCUAGGCACCUUACCAGCUGUGGUAUGUUAUUGUUUGACAUGUUUAUAUGUGUAGCAUUAUCUUUCGUAACUUUUAUUUUUCUAUUGCUGUGUUUAGUAUAAAAAAUAAUUCAAAUUG